AUGAACAAUAUCAGCGCAGACAAGCAUCUCUUGGAGGUAUCUUACAUUCACGGUGGAGAAGAAGAAGAAGGAGAUGGUGGAGGAGGAGGAGGAGGAGGAGAACUUUUAAAGGCAGAAGAAAGGAAAACUACGGGUUUGUAUGUCCCGCUCAGGCAUGCCCUCGUUUGUGUCACCACAAUACUUUUGGGCGGAAUGUUGAUGGUGGGCGCCUUGCGAUCACUCGCGAAUGUACCCACACUACAGCUGCAUUCAUCCACAUCGGCUGUGAAGAAGCAUAUACCACCUAUCAAACCGCUUCACCACGGUCACAUCCUUUACCUGACAACCAGUACCGACGACGAAGGUCGAAUCUACCGACGAGAAUUCACGGCCCCGUGCGGUUACGGUAUUCUUGUGUUCAACGUUGGCCCUGCGGCGGAAUACGAACCGUUUACGUAUGACGUUUACGAAGAUGCUUAUGUAUACAGCAACAAUCAAGGGCUCUGUUUCAUUCAGCCUUCUUAUAAAGGGGUUCAAACCGGAGAUGCUCCGUUCUGGGAGCCAACGGACCCAACCGAAAUGAAUGUUCCUUUGGGGGACGAGCCGAUAAAAAUUUCGACGCGGGUUGUUAUUGAACCAGGUUCCAAGGCAAUGGAUCCACGGCUCGGGGGUGAUUUCAUUAUUAUUUCGAAGGGUAAUUUCUACAACCCUGAGUACUACAAGCAACUCAAGGCUUACGUGCACUCUUGGGAAAACGAAGAUAUUACGACUACGUCAAUACUAACAGGGGAACAACUUUUGUGA